AUACAGCGUACACUCUAGCAUUUCAACGCAUACUCCAUUUAUGCCUAUAGAGUGCUGCAAUGAUGACAUUUUUGUAGGCCAACUGGGAAGUUAGCAUCACCCAUGUUCCCUUGACAAAAACCCAAUAGGAUUUUUCUGUUGGCUUCUGUGGCUUUUUCUAUUGUCUCUUUGAUCAACAAAAGUUUAUGAUUCUCAAAGAAGCUAAAUGUAGGAUAUAAACGAACUACACAGCGGUCGCAUGACUUCAACAUCACCACCAUCAAGCUUCCGACAACUCUUUGUCUUUAAAAAAAAAAAAAAAACAUUUUCCCUGGAAGUUUGAGUUAGAAUUAUAUCAUGAACACAAUGAGGCUGUGAAAGUGAACUAGAUGAGUUUACUUCUUCAGCAUGAUGUUUAAUGUCCCGACAACCUCUUUAGUCCCAUUUAGUCACUUCUUAGCAACCACCUUUUUCAGUACAAGUAAAAAGUGGAUUGAUGCUGCGUCUGAAUAUGCCUUACUUCUGUACUAUAUAUAUAUAUAUAUAUAUAUAUAUAUAUAUUAUAUAUAUAUAAUGCGAAGAACAGUAUGUGAGCCAAGUAGUAUGUCUGAAUUCACAGUACUCAUAAAAACAGUAGGCAAAAAGUAUGCAGAUGACCUACUACUUCUAGUAAAAUUUGUAAAUUGUGCAAUCGAUGGACACUUUACUAUCCCAUGAGGCCACGGGAGUGGAUUUGUGAUUGGAAGUGAAGCAACGCAACUGACACUGUAGGUCACAUGAUAAUGACAACAUGGCGGAUGUAGUAGGUCAGAAUUUCAUUCAUACCACACAUAUUCACAUUAUUUAGAAUCUUUUUGAACAGUUGUGAAGUAAAUUUCAAACCACACGUUGUACCUACAAUAUGUGAUUUUGGAUGCAGCACGUAUAUAUACAUUUUUUUUUUUUCUUCAUUUUUUUUCCCCUCAUGUUAAAAAAAAAAAACUUUUGUAAAGAAAAAAAAAGUAAUGUUCGCAGUUCAGAGUGCUAUGCCAAAAUCUAAAAUAACCGUUUUGAUUUGCUGAAAUCAGGUAACUUGCUUCACAGGAAAGCUCAACCUCUGUAUUCUUUUUGUAAUGCAUAUUAUAAUGUAUUACAAUAGCUGUCUAUAUGUUGUACCUUUUAAAGAGUGUUAUAGCCUACAUAAACACACUUGAUUCACACCAAAAGGUGGAGUAACCUACAGAGCCUGUUUAUUGCCACUUAAAUAUUAAAGUCAUGUGGUGUCAAAUUAACUUAGUUACUUUUUACAGUAUUUCAAUUAAUGUAUAAUGUAUGUAUAUAAUUUGUAGAUGGAGUAUAUCUGCGUAUCAUGUCAGCAACCCAAAUCACCUUGUUGAACUUUUUUUAAACCUUGCGCACAGCUAAUUCAGCGCUAGAUUUUUUUGAAAUAGGUUUUAAAGAAAUGGCAUAACCACGUAUAAAGCAGCGUCUAAUCAGUUUGACAUGCAAAUUUUAUUGGGAGAACGCUAAUAAAGUUGGGAACCUGAUACCGCUCUGUAGCAUCCAGUGGAAAGCUGCGCGCGCUCUGCGGGGCGGGAGCUCGAGCGAACUUGCAACAUUGUCACAUUUCACUGCCAUCAUUCUGUCAAGAAACUUUAAAAACGUUUUUAGUUGAACUUAUUUUAAAUACUUGAAUAAGGUGGAUGCUGACUCUGGUUGGGUGAUUUGAAAUGAAGUGCGUCCUUGGAUGUUACGUGCACUUCUGUGCAGGGGUUAUUAUUAGUCUUAUUACCUUUCCUUUGGCUCAUGGGACCCCGUCGAGGUAUAGUCUGUUCCAGGGCAGUCCUUAUUCCAGCUCUGUUUCGAGACAACGAAACAAAAACUGGUGUGCAUUUGUAGUGCAUAAGAACGUGACAUGCGCUGUGCUGGCGGGAAACGAAAAUGUCAUGGAGCCGCAGCUCCUGCCCUGUCCGCCUCAUCAUCCUGACUGCACACAACGGGUGAUGUAUCAUACUCACCUGAGACCCAUGUACAAAAUAGGCUACAAACAAGUGACUGAACUGGAAUGGAGGUGUUGCCCAGGCUACCAAGGUCAUGACUGUACAGAGGUGAAAGUUACCCCACAGAAACCCAAUGUUGUUGAGGAACCACGUCCAGAUGCCCCUUCCACCAACAGUCAACAACAGAGUAUACUGGGACCAGAAGUGUUCUCCGAGACACAUCCAUGGUCUCAACCCAGGCAGAAAGGGGAUCACAACAUUCAACUGGGAGAUUAUGGAGAUCGCCAACAUGAGAGUCGCCGAGUUCAAGUAUUAGAAGAAGAAGUGGAGCGUCUUUCUCAAACAGUACUCGACAUGCAAGCCAUGACUUCAGCCAAUGCAAACUUACGGUUAGAUAUACAGGAAGAUGUUACCAAAUUCAUUCUAAACACGUUGGGGAAUUUGCAACAGCCACAGGAUGUCAAGGCAGGUGGAAUUGAGACCAUUGUGUUCCCAUCAGACCUCCGUUUAUCAUCAGGUGCUGAUGAACUGCAAAACCACAUUACCCAGCUCUCUAACAUGAUCAGUUCCAAUACUAAUAGCAUCCAAGAUCUGCAGAAUAGGAUCCAGAACAUCGAUGGACAGAUGCAUCGACUAACAGAAUCGACCAAUACUGGACCACUUCAACCCUCCUCAACUGCUGCAAUCAAUGAGUGUCCAUGUCAGACAUACAUCGAUGAGAAGCUUUCUGCCCUUCGUGAGGAGCUUCUUCAAGGAAUAGACAUCAAAUUAGCAGACAUGAAGAAUGCAUGUGACUAUAAAGUGCUGUCUGUUCAGGAGCAGUGUGAGGAACAAGAAACCUCUUACUUGAGUUUGGCCGAGCUCCUUGACUCUAAAGAGGCUGAACUCCGCAAAGAGAUCCAAGACUUGCGUCUCCAACUUCCCACUGGAAAAGCCCCGGGGUUGGACAGUCAUGAGGUCCAGAAGCUCAAGGACACCCAGCAGAUACUGAAAGAUGCCAUUAGGCAACAGAAUGCCACCCUUGCUCAGAUUGAUGCACAAGGGCGUAUUCUCGAGGCAAGGGUUAGUCUUGCAGAAAAGAGUGCAGAGGUACAUUGCCUCAAUCUUGAGGAGAAACUAAGAAGGGAAAGACUUAAGGAAGAGGAAGAUCAAAGCAUAGCCUUGGAAGAGAAAAUUAAUGCUGUUCAACAUGAAAACAGCACUUCACAGCUGCUGACCACAGUCUUAGGUCAUGAUCAGCGCCUAGAUGUCUUGGAGAAACAUACACAGCAACUGCAGGAAAUUAUACUGAAACGGGUGGAAAAUUUGGAAGCUGAUUUUGGGGAAAGCCAAGAGCAAGUGAGGACAAUGAAUGGCUCGCUUAAUGGUCUUGAUGGACGGGUGGCUAGCAUUGAAGGCGUUUGCGGUCGGUUUGAGCCAAUGUCCGACAGUCUCAAACGAAUUAAAGAGGGACUGAACAAACACGUUAACGGCUUGUGGACUUGCGUCCGUCAACUGAACAAUACAGUUCUCACACAUACAAGAGACAUUAAUGUGUUUAAAGCAAAUUCACACCUUUCAAAAGACGGACAGGAUGGGAUCACUAAUGCACCUACAGGUGUUCUUGAAGGUACAGGGGCUGUAAAAGUUUCCAUAGAGGGAGGUCAACCACUCCCAUCACUGUCUGCCACGACGUCUGCAGCAGGGCCUCGAGUGACCAAAAUCUCAUCUAACAUACCUCAGGGGAUCAAUGGGAGCGGGACAUCCAUUACUGGCUAUGCAGGAGCACCAGGUUAUCCUCUGACUCCUGCUGCUGCCCUCAGUCCUGAUUCUGUUUCUGCACAGAUUCCACUGAAGACAAUUCAAAUGGCUGCAGGAGAAGGGCGAGUAAUGACCUAUGUGUCGUUUUCGGCUGGUCUGACACUUGUGCCAUUCCCUGGAGAAAUCGGUAUCAUCCGAUUCAACAAUGUUCUGUUAAAUGAUGGAAGACACUAUGAUCCACAAACAGGUGUGUUCACUGCGCCCAUGGACGGACGGUACCUUCUCAGCGCUGUCUUAACUGCUCAAGCAGGAGAAAGAGUCGAGGCCUUUCUCUCAGUAGCCAAUCGCAACAUCCAGAAGCUUUACACUGCUGGGACGGGGAGCAGAGGUUCUGAGGACUGUGUCUGUGGUGGGUCCGUCUCUGCAAGUCUAGCUCUUCAUUUGAAGCGGGGGCAGAGGACGGGACUUGUGCUCACAUCAGGGAAGCUGGCGAUUUCUGCAUCCAGUGAAAUUCUGUCUUCAUUCAGCGGAUUCCUGCUUUACCCAACAAUAGCCAAGCGAUAGCUGACAGCCAAUGGCAAACAUUAAGGUUAGGGUUGAUUUAAAUUCUCGUAAUAAGCUGCUCAAAGAUAAUUUGGUUACUCUAUACUUGAAGCCUUUAUGUUAAUGCAUUAUACAAGAAUCCAUAAUGUAUGUUGCAGUGCAUUAUAUAUUUUCAUAAAUAAUUGUAAACAAAGUUAAAAUGCAUUAAUAUUUGUAGAUUCCUUUUCACACAUGAAAUUGGUUAUUCAUCAUGUUUUAAUGCAUUAUACUUUCUAAAUGAAGCAUUAUAAUGUUUUAUAACUUUGGUUGCAAUUACAUUUAUAAUGCAUUAUAUACAGGUUUCAAGUAAAGUGUUACAGAUAACUGUUUGACACAUGAAAAAGCAGAGGAACAAAAUGAGGAUCCAUUUAAAAACAAAAACUGACUACAACAGUUAAAAGCUUCACAUUCAUUGUUAAUUGAAAAACAAACAGUAGUGAUUUUACAAGGGAGCUCAUCUGGUAGGGUACGAGGAAAUCUAUUGAGCUGAUUUUAUAGAGGUCACCAAAUAGUGCACCACAAACCCAACCAAGAUUUCUACCAACUGGACCGUGAAUCUUUUCUCUUAGAAAUUAGUAUAAGCAUGGCAUUUUUAUUUUACACACUGAACAACCAUCUUCGAAGCAUGUUUACAUGAUUAAAAUAAUGAUAAACCUAUGUUUUUGAUUUUCACAAAAUGAUUUACUGUCUCACUGUAAAAAAAAAAAAGAAUUGUUGGUUUAACUUAAAAAAGGAAGUUACCUGGUUGCCUUACAAUUUUGAGUUCAUUGAAAUUAAAAAUUUGAGUUAAUACAAUGAAGGUGAUUGGUUUAAUCAACAGAAACUCAAAAUAUUAUGUUAUCUGAACCACAUUAAUUGUCUAAGUUGAUUUGACACAAGAAAAAAUGUUGUGAUAAAUCAUGAAAAUAAGGUUUUACAGUGGGUGGAAUCAAGCUUAGAUCCAGAUGUGAAACACAGUCCACUAAUUAGGGACUUCUGUUGUAAAAGGUAAAAAAAAAUUAGGAAAACUGCACAAAGAUAUAUAAUUAUAUAUAUUUAGUUUAUUGUAGCAACCUUGCCCCACAACAGAUCAAUGUUUUUCAUCUGUCAUUAAACAUACACAUGACUUCAACAGUAACAUUAUUCACCAUUUUUCAAUAACAUCACAAGGCUUAAAAAGAAUCUGUCUCACCCAAUGACUGAAUUUUAAACUUUCUCAUAACUCACUGUUGUUAGCUUUUGCCCAAAUCCACACCCUUUCCACCCCCAGUUUUUCAUCCAAGACAUUCAGUUCCCAGAAGAUUAUUUAUCUACAUUAAAACCUUUUUUUUUUUUUUUUUUUUUUGUAAUGUAUAAAUACUCAUGUUGGAUAUUUUAUCAAUGGCACAAUCAUUUAUGAUUGAAAUGUGUGCAAAAUGCAUACUGUUAUCAUCAAAAUCACUGCUCCAUAUGUUAUUUUUAUUUAGAUCAACUGUAAUAUUUUGUAAACUACCUGAAUAUGUGUAUCUUAUCUAACAAUUUAUGGAAGUGUUAUUUUAAAUGUCAAGUUCACUGUCAUUUCAUGUACAGGAUCAUUAUUGCUACCAUCUUCAUAUCUGUUGUGCAGAAUUUCUAGAGAAACAGAUACAGUAUAAAAAUCAGGAGCAGAAUGUCAGAACCGCUGGUUUUCAUCUGCAGAAGUAUAUGUGCAAAUAAAUGGCUGUUGAAAAUAAA